GGGGAAGGAAAAGCCGGACGGACUCACCUAGGCUUAUUUCCGCUAAUAACAAAAAUCUAAAUUGAAACACUUUUCUAUUUGAUUUUGUCAAUUUCUAACAUUAUAUACUUAUAGUUCUAUGUACAAUAUAAUAUUUAGUGUCUAGCACACAUAAUACCAAUUAAACUAUUUAAAUAAUACUAUAUUUCUUCGUGUCACGGACAAGAGUGUGACACGGAGGAUAAAAGAACCCAGCGAGCGAACUUAUUAGCACUAGGCUAGCACUGCAUUAAUCCAAAUGAGCCCAUAUACUCCGUGUUAGCUCAGCUGAAGGGUGUUGCUAGUGAACAUGAAUUUAUUGGGUGUAAAGUUACAUCUGCCUUGGGUUUCGAUGUAGUUUUUUUGAUAGAAUUCUUAUUAUCGUGAUCCGGAAGCCUCAGAUAUAUUUUGAGACACCAGUUAAAUUGUGGUCAAAAUGAAGAUGUUCUCAGUAGCCCACAAGACUGUGUUUGUGGUGGACCACUGUCCCUACAUGGCAGAGUCCAGUCGACAGCAGGUGGAGUGCGAUGUUUUGACCAAAAGGACACAAGGGGUGAUCCCGUUAGCCCCCGUCUCCAAGUCUCUGUGGACCUGUGCUGUUGAGUGUUCAAUGGAGUACUGCAGAAUCCUGUAUGAUGUCUACCCAUUGGAUAAACUGAUUAAUUAUAUUGUCAGUGACUCAGAGUUUCACAGCCUAAAUAGUUGGAGAAGAGAAGAUCAGAGCACACAUGAGCUCAUGUCUGCUCUGGCAGCUGUGGGGCCUCCAAAUCCACGUGAGGACCCGGAGUGCUGCAGCAUCCUCCAUGGACUCGUGGCUGCAGUUGAGUCCUUGUGCAAGAUUACAGAGUUGCAGCAUGAAAAGCGCAUUGCUUUGAUGGACACGGCUGAGAGAGUCGCCAAUAGAGGGCGCAUUAUAUGCCUCACUAAUGCUAAAAGUGACACUCAUGUACGCAUGUUGGAAGAUUGUAUACAGGAAACAAUUAUGGAACAAAACAAGCUUGCAGCUGGCUCUGACAGGCUGAUGGCGAUUCAACAGUGUGAGCUGGUUUUAGUUCACAUUUUUCCACAGGGUGAAGACACACUGGUGUCAGACCGACCUAAGAAAGAGAUUUCACCUUUGCUCACCAGUGAAGUCCACAGUGUGCGUGCUGGACGACACCUAGCAACAAAACUAAAUAUUCUUGUCCAGCAGCACUUUGACCUGGCAUCCACCACUAUAACAAACAUCCCCAUGAAGGAAGAGCAGCAUGCCAACACAUCAGCCAAUUACGAUGUGGAGCUUCUUCAUCACAGAGAUGCUCACCUGGAGUUCUUUAAAAGUGGUGACUUACAUAUGGCUGGCACAAGUACAAGAGAGAAUGGACUUAAAGAGACUAUUACCUUAAAAUGGUGCACUCCGAGAACCAACAGUAUAGAGCUGCAUUAUUGCACUGGGGCCUAUCGCAUCUCACCCACAGAUGUCAACAGUCGACCAUCUUCUUGUUUGACAAACUUUCUUCUAAAUGGUCGGUCCGUUCUCUUGGAGCAGCCAAGGAAGUCUGGGUCAAAGGUCAUCAGCCACAUGCUGAGUAGCCAUGGAGGAGAGAUCUUCCUGCAUGUCUUGAACAGUAACCGCUCCACACUGGAGGACCCUCCCUCUAUCAGCGAGGGCUGUGGGGGGCGUGUGACUGACUACAGAAUCACAGAUUUUGGGGAAUUUAUGAGAGAAAAUCGUUUGACUCCAGUGUCAGAGUCUUCCCAUGAUCCGUCGCGGAAGCUCCCAGUCGAAAGGGCCAAAGCACAGCUGGAACGGCACACUCGAUAUUGGCCAAUGAUCAUCUCCCAGACUACCAUCUUUAACAUGCAAGCGGUUGUUCCUCUCGCCAACCUGAUUGUGAAAGAGACUCUGACAGAGGAGGAUGUCUUGACCUGCCAGAAGACUGUGUACAAUCUGGUGGACAUGGAGAGAAAAAAUGACCCUCUCCCAAUUUCCACUGUGGGAUCCAGAGGAAAAGGCCCUAAAAGGGAUGAGCAGUAUCGUAUAAUGUGGAACGAGCUUGAGACUUUAGUGAAAACCCACGCAGGAGCCACUGACCGGCACCAGCGAGUUUUGGACUGCAUUAUCGCCUGCCGCAGCAAACCUCCAGAAGAAGAAGAGAGAAAAAAGAGAGGAAGAAAGAGGGAGGACCGAGAGGAUAGAGCAGAGAAAAAUGGAACAAAGGACACAGAAGAGAAGAGUUGGCAGGACUCGGAAAGGUUGAAGGGAUUGUUGGAUAAAGACGAUCAGGAGUCGGAGGUGAUCAAGGAUUCACCGGAUUCUCCAGAACCACUCAACAAAAAGCCACGCCUGUCCUCAGAAGACGCCCAGCCGGCCUCCAAAGGACCGGUCUCGCUUCUCAGUAUGUGGACCAAUCGCAUCACAACAGCCAAUUCUAGGAAGCAUCAGGAGUUUUUUGGAAGGGCGAGUUCUGUUAACAACAAGUUCGAACUGUACCAACACCUUAAAGACGAAAAUGGGAUGGACGUUCAUGAAAAUGGCAAGGCCGCUAGAUGAUGGAUUUCCUGCUUAAAUCUUUUGAAAGACAUUUUGGACCAGUAUUUUGAGGUUUUACUGUCAACAACACAACAAAACAGACUGUGCUCAAAAAAAUCUGAGGAAUUUGUAAUAUUUUUUAAUCCAUAUUUUGUAGAUAUAAUGUUGACAUGCUGUGCAACAAAAUAAACAGGAGUAGAGAAAACCA